CACACACACACUUUAAGGUGGCCCUAAUAUAAAGACACAUUUUUCCCCUGAGUUUAAUAAUAACCACCAUUUUCUGUAUCAAUUCUAACCAUACAGUUUGUUGUAUGAUAUUUUAUGUUGCUACAUGCACAUUCACUGUUUACACGUAACGCGAUAACAAAGUCAGAUGAGAAGCCUGGAUGCACCUUAAAACUUAAACUUAAAACCCGACACUGUCUCCUCCCUGAUUUGAAGUAUCUCACUGUACAUGCGGUCCUCACAUUGCUGUCUGGAAAACAUAGUGAUUGAAAAUGAAUUUCAGCGACGCCAAGAGUAAUAUUCUACAGAUACUGAGCAGAACAGACUGUCAGGAUCUUACUAAACUGAUCAGCUGGAUGAAGCAUUCAGAUGAUCUUGAUAAUUACUUGGUUGACAAUCAGAGAGCUAUACUCCAAAGUAUUGCAGAUGACCUGAGGUCUUGUCUUCCCCUGGAGGCUGUGUUUCCUUCAGAGACCAUGGCCAUUCAGAAGACUCAGCAGAACCCCAAACCUACUGUGCACGUGGAUGCUUUUUUAUAUGACGAGGAAACUGUAGACAGUCUCUGUGAAGACGGCAAGAUGAGUCGCAACUUCUGUCUCACGUGUGGAUCACAUCGAACAGCUCCUAUGGAGUUUAUCUCACAUUCCUUCUCAAUCUCGGAGCUCCAGUUCCUGUUUCUGCAUGUUCUCCCUGACUUAGCAGGAAAGCUGGUAGUGGAUGUGGGAUCCAGGCUUGGCGCAGUGCUCUAUGGGGGCUACCUCUACAGUGCAGCAGCACAGCUCGUUGGAGUAGAAAUAUGUGAAGAGUUUGUCAAGCUUCAGACGAUGACUGUGGAGAAGUAUGGCUUUAGUGACAGAAUUAAGGUGAUUCAUGACAAUAUAUGCUCUCAGUCAAUGCUAUUACAAAAUGCAGAUGUGCUAAUAAUGAACAAUGUGUUUGAGUACUUUAUGGAACCCAAAGACCAAGUCAGAGCGUGGCAGUUCAUUAGCCAAAACUUCUUAAAGAAAGGUGCGCUGUUGGUUACUGUUCCGAGUAUUCAAGACGCUCUCAUCUCAUUGCAAGAAACAAACGAAAUAACUGCAAUUGGCCACUGGUUGCAGGAAGUACCGGUUGAUUACAAUGCUUUUCUACAAAAUGACACAGACCUGGAUUCCCUUAAGCAAAUACAUCUUUACAGAGUACUUUGACCUAAACUUAAAGACGAUCCACUGAAUAAAAUAUCUUGUAGGAGUA